AUGUCCGGCAAGCAGCGGAGAGUCUACAAAUGUACCACCUGCGCCAGGGUCUUCAAAAGGAGCGAGCACUGCUCGCGCCAUGAGCGGAUCCACACCCGUGAGCGGCCCUUUGCCUGUCAGUACUGCCACAAAAAGUACGCCCGCAAAGACCUGGUCACCCGCCACGAGAAGACGCUGCAUUCCGAAAAGAGGAGGCAGUCCAUUGCUACCGCCGUCCCGGACUCUCCUGAUUCUCGAAGGUCUUCAGAAUCGACAGAGACCAUCAAUGUGUCAAUUCCAAGCAAUGCAUCCUCCCAGCCCGACCUCAGGCAGUCUUUCGAGCCUGAGAUUGAGGCCCCGCCCCAUGUCGCUCUAGCAGAGAAUUUCGCGCCCAUGGCCACCUCAGCAGAACUUUCUCCGCACCAAUUAGCAGUUACGGAUGACCGUCGGAGUUCCCAGAUCCUCGUUCCCACGGACGUCAUGUCGCCAUCAUUCGCCUUUGGCAGCGCGGUGGAGGCUCUCUACCCGAGCCCUCAAAGCUGUCCCGAGCAGGCACCAGGUAGCCUGCAGCCAUGGGGCGAGCCAAUUGUCGCUUUCCAGGAAGUACCAAUGCAAGCUCCUUUCAUGCCAAUCGAUCCGCAGCUUUGCGGGCCGCAACAGUCUCUGGACCUCGAUUUGAUGAGUCCAAGACAUAGCCGAGGUUCCAAGGCUGCCGUGCCAAGCAUUGAAUCCAGGAACGACUCGAUGGAUGCCGCACAAGAAACCAUGAGCCCGCCAACCAAGCGCCGGAGAUUGACAACCCGCGGGAGCCACUCCAUUGAUACUCAUCGAGCUUCGCAGCAUGACUGGCACCAUGAUCUGGAUUCGUCAUCGAUUGACAUUUUUCGGGAUUUCUGGUCACCUCCGGAGCCGCCUUCUAACAUGGCACAGAACCACAUGGAUUCUUUGAUCACCCCGGAGAGCCUGGAAUUCUCGAUUCCCAUUGAUCCGUUUCUGACAGGUGGCCAGGAUCAGCAGAGUGCAUCUUUGUUCGACUCGAGUUUUUCCUUCAAAGGUCCGUCCAUGAACUCCAGCGUCUUGAGCAGGAAAUCGUUUCCCGAGGAAUCCAAAGAGAGCAACUCUGACCAAGCGAAGCUGGCAGUGGGACCCGAAAUUUACUGUAGCAUCCGCGCGGACCUUCAGGCCCGGACGAGAAAAGAGGAUUGGGAUGACAGCAAACUUCCGAACGCUAAAGAGUUGCAGAAGUUCAUCGAGGGAUACAUCAACUGCUUCCACCGUCAUUUUCCCGUCGUCCACUUUCAUUCAAUGAAUUUGGAGUCAACACCCAGCCCGCUGAUUUUGGCAAUCUGCUGCAUCGGGGCUUUGUAUCGCCUGGACAGACGACGCGCCGCCGUACUCAUAGAAAGGAGUGGCUUCUUCGUUUCGGAAUACCGCAUCCGGCGGACAUGCUCUGCGGCCGAGUUUAGCAGAGGGAACUCCACGUGGGAAGACUGGAUUAGUGAGGAAUCUGGCAAGAGAGUCCUCUGCGGUAUCCUCAUCCUGAGCAAUCUCAUUUCAGUCGCUUAUGGCACAAGCCCCUGGUUUUCGGUUGGCGAAGACUUGCAGUGGACGGAAGCAAAGAGCAAAGCACAUGAGGGAUCUCGACAGACUGUCAAGGAAGCAAUGCUGGACACGCUUUCCCAAGAUCAAUCGGAGGAUACGCCAGAGGACAACCAGAUGGCAUGGGGUUUCGCAGGCCUAGUCAUCGCGCACGCCGCAAACAUCCACGUCUGGCACCUCUCACAGAUCUCCCAGUGUCCUGGCAACAACAACAAGUCCGCCCUCCUCUUGGACGCGGCAUCCUCGAUCGAAAAAUGCCAGCACGCCCUCAACCACGGCCGCGGCGGCAGCGGCAACGGCUGCAGCGAGGACUACCGGCACCCGCACCACGCGUCGCCGCCGUCCGACGACUCGCAAACCACCAGCUCGCUCGUCUCCAACACCAACGCCCUCCUGCGCAUCGCCAGCACCCGCCUCUUCGGCGUCGGCGCCGCCGCGCCCGCCUUCAACCGCUUCGCCCUCGCCUCGGACAGCGACCGCGUCGUCUCGGCCGCCGUCGACGCGUACCUGCGCGCACCGAUGGACGACGACCGCAGCAACGGUUUCGCAACCAAGGGCGCGCGCCAGGCGUGCGAGGGCUUCAUGCUGCCGGCCAAGGUCGGCUCGCCGCUGCUCGUGCGCAAGACGGCCGCGUUCGGCUGGAGCGUCGAGCACGCCGUCGCGUGGUGGGACGCCAGCCUGUUCCUGUCCAAGUGGGUGCACGCGGCGCAGCAGCGGGAACGGGCGAGUGCAGGGCUGGAAGAGGAAGAGAGGACGAUCUUGAAGGAUGUCGAGGCUUGCUUGGGCGAGUUGGAGGUCGACUUUGAUGCUGCGGCUGAGGGGGCCAGUCUGGCUGCUGCGGUGGCGAGGGCUUGCGCGGCGUUUUUGUCGGAUACGUGGGUUUGGGGUGUUACUCCGAGGAUGGGAUCGGUGCUGAUGAAGUUGGCGGAUGCGUAUGAGAAGGAUUUUAAGGAGGCUGUUGAAUGCUGA